AUGUGUGAGGUAGACGGGAUAGGACCAGUGCCGCCAGGCGCAAUUGCAGAUGGUGGCUACCGGAAAGGUCCAGAAGAUGGAGAGCCACCAGAAGAAGGCUUUGGCACACUAGCUCACCUUCAGUUGCCCGUGAAGUCCGCGCUGGACUUGAAGCAAGAGAGGCUCUCGGGCGUCGUGACCAAAUAUCUGCCGGUCAGUGGCUAUGGCAUGGUGAAAAGUCACAUGUUCGAGGGCGAGCUGACGUUCAGGAUAGAUCGGAUUAUGCCGGAAUUUCAAGCUCAUCCUCUACAUGAAAAUGAAGGGGUGGAGUUUGAUGUUCAGGCGGAUGACGUCGGCAAGCCAGUGGCUGUGGCUGUGAAGCCCGUUCUCGGACGGAAGCCUUACGAUGUCUUGGGGCAAAGACAUAGAGGCUAUGUAAGGCGUUUUGUAGAGCGCUGGGGCUUCCUGAACGCUGCCGCCUUUGAUGGUGAUCUCUUUGUCCACCGCGACAACUUGCUGAUGGAGCCUGGAACCGAGACUGGCCCUGAUGGGCAGCCAAUCCUUCGGACGGGCCAAGUAGUGGAGUUCGACGUCGCCCUAGAUGAUCGCGGACGAGCAGUGGCCAAGCAAAUCACCACCCGUGCCCUGCUUCGGCCGGGCGAUUGGAUCGGGCACAGAUUACGCGGAUAUAUUCGGUCGUUUCAAGGUGCUUGGGGAUUUAUCAAUUCUGAUCGUUUCGCGGGCGAUCUCUUUGUUCACCGAGAUUCGCUCUUGGCUGCGUGCCAGAACGCCCAAUUGGCCAUUGGCACAGUUGUUGAAUUUGACAUCGAGCGGGACCACCAUCGGAAGGGGGCCAAAAACCGCUUAGUUGCAAGGAAUGUUUCAGUUCUUGCCGGGGAGGCGCCGGUGCCAUUGCAGCAUCCUCAGAGCUGGGGUCUUGCGAUGCGAUCCUUGGAAUCAAGCUGCUCGAUCUGGCGACGCCUCUAUGAGAAUGGCAUCGACCAGACCCAGUUCCUUCGGCAAGUUUCAGCAACCCAGGUAAACAGUGCCUUCGAAAUGCUUGGACGACCACCAACGAGCCCUUCAAAGACUGUGGAGUUCAACAAGGAGGAGACCAUGAUGAAGGCCUUGGUGGCCGCUUUGAGCGGAGACCGCAAGUUGCUGCCUGGUUGGAAUGGUAAUGUGGAGACCUUGCGUGGAUGGCUGCGCCAGCUUUCUUUGUGGGAGCUGGAUAACAACCUGCCGAAGAACAGAUGGGGCCUUAAGUUGCUUCAGUCGUUUUCUGAAGGGUCUGCCCCGAGGAAGAUAGCUGAGACGAUCGAUGUGUCUACGUUGACUUCAGAUGCUGGCUACGGAGCGAUCCUUUCAGCUAUCCUGGCAAAGUAUGCACCCUUUUUGGAAGCGGCUGGGCCAGCCUCCAUCGAAGCCUUCUUCUAUGGCGGUGAGCGAUCCAAGCAGGAAUCUUUCUCAACCUACGUUGCAGCCAAGGAGGUCGCUCUGCAAGAGUUGGAAGCCAACUUAGGUGAGCGGCUCCCAACGAAAGUUGCUGGUCGAAUUCUCCUGCGGCAUGCAGGUCUUUCAGACACUCAACAUGAGGCAAUGGCGGUGAAGUAUAACUCCAUGAUGACCUUCGAACAAGCUGCAAGUGCACUUCGUCCUCUUGAUCGUCCUGAAGCUCUUGUGACGAAAGUGGCCAAGACGUACAUGGCCGCGACCAACUAUGAAGACCUUUCAGAACAACCUGAGGGGGAUGAGGACGAAGAAUAUGACGACGAGGAGUUGCAGCCAGAUGAUGAUGGCUCAGGUCCAGAAAGUGAUGGCAAUGGGAACUUGACCUACUUGCUCUACGAUACCAAUGAGGAGUUUACUGAGGAGGAGACUGCCUAUAUCUUCGCCUACAACUCAGCAUACCGAGAUGUGCGUCGUGAACUGCAGGCGAAGAGAAAGGGCAGGCAGUUUUUCAAACCUCGUGGAAGUGGUGUGAUCAAAAAGGGCAAGAACAAAGGACACGAAGGCCAGUCCAAGGGAAAGGGUCACUCAAGCUCUUUCCGAAGUGGUCAAGGUCGAGGUCGAGGAAACCGUGGAACUCCUGAGGAGCUCAUGGCAAAGACGAGAUGUUUUUCAUGUGGCCAGUUGGGUCACAUGAGCCGAGAAUGUCCUCAACGAGGUGAAGGCCAAAGCUCAAAUUUCUUUGUGUGCCAAGGAAGCUCAGGUGUUCAGAACCGUGUCUACGUCAACAUCUCUGAGUCCAAGGAGAAGCAACUCUCCGUGUUUGCUGGCGUACAAACUCAGGGCCAUGAAACUGUGGUGGACACGGCAGCAGAAGAAGCUGUGAUUGGUAGUACUGCAAUGUUGCGCCUUCGAGAACAACUAGCUCAACAUGGUCUUCAACCAGUUCAGGCCAGUGGAGCUACGGUGACCUGUGCGGGGAUUGGUGGCAGUGCAAAGAUUGUUGGUGUCUUUGAUAUCCCAGUCGGGGUUGCAUCAACAAAUGGACUUUUGAGGGUGACCGAGAUCACCGAUGAAGGUUCUUUCAAGACGCCCUUCUUGCUGCCGAUCUCCUACAUUGAGUUGGUUGGGGCCACCAUUGACACCAAUCGUGAACAGUUCAUCCUGCGCAAUGGCAAGAGCACUCCAAUGAAACGGGUGCCAUCAGGACAUCGCACCAUCUCCAUUAUGGACUUUUUCAACAACAAGUGGAUGGUGCCGGAUCAAUUGCGCGCUGAACUCAAUUUCAAGGAUGUGAAUCCAUUUCUCAUUCCGAAGAAGCAGACGCGGAAGAAUGUCACCUUUCAGCAGCGACCUGGUGUUGCCGUGUGGAUGAAAACAGAAGACCGACUUCAUUUCAUGGGAAUUUUGAAAGGUCGCAGAAACACCUUGGUCGACCCCAAAGAAAUUUUCAGUGCUGCAGUUUUGACAACUUUGAAACCAUCCCGGGUGACAGCUGCCACCAUGGCGGCGAAUGCAAGCUCCGGUCAUGCAGUGCAGGACCCAGGGCAAUCAAAAUGUGGGGAUGUUCCAUGCGGUUGUCAACAACAUGUCAAAGAUGUCAAACAUGUUCACUUCAGUGAUGCAACAGAUGAUGUUUCAAACAUGCCAUGUCAUGAAGUGCAAAGCGUUGGAGUUCAGCCGGCCGACAUCAGCAGCAGCAAACGGUCUCAAGAGUUCCAGCUCGCUGACCUACGUGUACCUCAAGUUGCUGAUGCCUCCUUGCAGGAUCGAGUGGCAGCAUGGCUUGUGGCCGACGACCAGGAGAUGGCAGAGUCUCCGAUCAGGGCCCACCGCAGUGCUCUGCAGAAGAUCUAUGCGGCUUGGCGCCGAAUGAUCAUCAUGGUCUUUCGCACCUACCUGGAGAUCCUUCAGCAGUCUGCGGCGGACUACCUGGUGAGCAGAAACCAAGGAACAGUCGUGUCCAUGCCCAAGCACGAUUUGCCUGUGGACAAGAAGUCAACCAAACCCGAAGGUCGAGUUCGCAGGGGAAUCGGGCAACCGCUUCCUCGAUCUACAGCCUCCAAAGAAUGGCAGUACGAGCCUUCCAGCUGUGCGCACGCCGAAGAAAUGCUGCGCCAAAGAGGCUCGAAGCAAAUGUUUUGGUGGACCUGCCUUGGAUGCGGAAGCCGUUGGCAGAGAUUGGAAUGGGAGAUGGACCAGGUGGAGAACGCAAAGACAUGUGCGAGUUCAUCCACCGAUCGAGCCAAAGUGAAGGAGCAGAAGGUGACCGCGUCUUCCAGUGCGACGUACCCUGCAAGACUGCCUCCACCCAAGUCGAGGCCAGAUCUGAAGGCCCUGGUGAUUCAAGAUGCAGGAGUACCUCAAAACCUGAUGCCACCUUCGCCCACGGAGGAGCCCGACAAAUCUCCCAAGGACGACAUCGACAAGUCUCCGAUGUCAAUUCCACUGAUGACCCAAGGACCAAUCAUGCCCAAGCAGAAUGUGCAGAUGACGGCGGAUCAAGAGCUGGAGCACCGGAUUCUUCUUGCUGCCGAAGAACGUCGAGCAAGCCGCAGGAAGCUGCUCUCAGGAGGAGGAAAGUCCGCUGGCACUUCAGGACUUCAACAUGGUGCCGUCGGACAAGUGAGUGAGACGAAGCAGCAGAAGCCCAAGGACAAGUCGAGAGCAGCCUUGGGAACAGUUGCAAAAGCCGUGAUGCUCUCCUAUGUCGUGAUUUGGUCUUGUCUUGCAGCUACAGAAUCCAGGUUGCAUGACCUGAUGGGCUCACCUAUGCCUUGUGACCCCAGCGCUGCGGAGGAGACCGAGAACGGCAUCAAUCCUUUUGCAUUUGCCUGGAAUGACAGCCUCAAAGAGCUGUCCAGAACUGACUUUGAUGGAAUGCCCAAGUUUUUGGAACGAGGCCAACGACAUUUUGUUGUUGGAGCACUACGAAGCUACUUGGAUGAUGUCGGCGAAGUGUACUCGCCACCACGAAUCACCAAGGAAGCAAAGAAGCAAGGCCUCAAAGGCCAGAUCGCUCUUGACCUCUCAACUGGAUGGGAUUUUAGGCGUCGUGAACACCGACAACAAGCAUUGCAACUGAUAGCCAAGAGACGACCUGCAGUCUUGCUGUUGUCACCACCAUGCACGACGUUCUCUCCAUUGAGAAGGUUGACCAACAAAAAGAGAGAUGCUGCUCAAGUUCAAGCUGAAGAAGAUGAAGGCGACUUGCACAUGGAUUUCUCCGCAAGUCUGGCUGAGAUGCAAAAGCGUGAAGGCAGAGGCUUCAUACUGGAACAACCGGCACCAGCGACCUCUUGGCAAAGACCAAAGAUAAAAAGGCUCCUUGACGAUGAGGAGGUCUACACCAUCCGAGUCGACAUGUGUCGCUAUGGUCUUCGAGCUCAAUGUGGACCUCAUCAAGCGGAAUUGGUUCAAAAGCCAACGGUGCUGGCGACAAACAUACCAGAGAUUGCAUCUCACGCCAACAAGGUGUGUCAGAAAGAUCAUCAACACGGUCUCUUGAUUGGCGGCGCAGCAAAACAUGCCGCAGUUUACACACCUGCCUUUGUCAAAGCAGUGGUGAAUGGUGUCAAAGAAGCUCUUGGAGUGAAGAUGCCAAAACAACCACCGGAACUUCAACAAGCAUUUCUCUUUGGCAAAACCCUCGGUGCUCAAGCUCAGAUUUUUGCUGUGGAUUGCCUUGAAGUGGAUGCCGAAGUUGAUUUGGCCUAUGGACUUAAUGGGCUUUACCCUGAACUUCAGGAGGGCCAAGCAUCCACACCAGCCCAUGGACUUUUGCAGCCCGAUGGACUUCGAACGGCUGCGGGGCUGGAAAGAUCCGAUCUUCUAGGAUCUUCCACCGCAACCUUUCCACUUUCCAUGGAUGUUGAUGCACCGGAGGAAGAAGCAGAUGAAGAUAUGGUGGUUGAAGCCAGACGCCAAAUGCGACUGGUGGGAGAACAACCAGGUGUUGCGAAUGCCCUUGAAAAGAUGGAGGACUUUGAGAAGACUGCCGAUGAAGGUGAAUUUUCUUUGGCUCCAAACCUCCGUCGAGAAGUUCAUAGAGUACAUCGCAACCUAGGCCAUCCAGGUCUGGAGAUCUUUGUGCGAGCUUUGCAGAAUGCUGGAGUUCAAGAUCACAUUGUGGCCUGGACGAAACGUCAUUUCAGAUGUCCAACCUGUGAUGCACGACCACGUCCAAAGCCAUCCAGACCAGGUCACUUGAUGCGAGCUCUGGAGUUCAACACAGUGGUGGGCGUGGACCUUUGCUUUUUGGACUUCAAAGGCCACCAGUUCAUCAUUUUGAACAUGUUGUGCUGGGGAACCAAUUUUCAACAAGCCAGUCUUUGCAAAGACAAAUCAGCAGAAGAGGCUCUCAAUGGACUUAUGACCUGUUGGAUCCAGCACUACGGCCCACCUGUGCUUUUGAUCAUGGAUCGGGGCAAAGAGUUCUACAACGACAAGCUGCAGAACACCAUUGGCGGCUUGAUAAGAUUCUUGCAACAGCUCAAGCAGCAGCUUGGAUUUUCUCCCAUGCAGCGAGUCUUUGGCAAGAACCUCCGUCUUCCAGCAAGUUUGAUGUCCACCGACGCUCUCAACAGCGAGCUCACUGAUGUUGCAGCAGGAGACCCAAUUCAUCGAGCCUGGCAAGUUCGCGAACUGGCGUCUCAGGAAUGGCUUCGACGUCAAGAUCAAGGAGUCACCAUAGCAGAAGAUCCGUCAGGAAAGUCCACUUGGAUUUCAAUGCGUGGACGACUUUGGAAAGCCUCACAGGAACAACUUCGACUUGCCACACCUGAAGAAGAGCUUGGAGCUGAGCUCAUUGUGGAGCUGUCCAAAGAGAUGCUGACGAAACUUCAAAAACCUGGCCAUGUGGUCUUUCAAGAUGUUUCUCAAGAAGGUGGUCCCACCGACGACUACUUUGAUGAAGUCAUGAGAACUUUGGAAGUUCGAGAAGAAGGUGACCACCAGCCAAGUCAACCACGUGAAUCAAGCUCAACUUCAAGUACCAGCAGUACAACUGGCCAAACUUCGAACACUACGGAAUCGGCAAGUUUGGGUCUGGGCAACACCGAAGAAGGUUCAAACUCAGCCACUGCGGCUGGAUCUGAACAGCCCAGCAGACGUGCAAGUGCGCUGUCUGAACAGGUUGAAGGACAAGAACCUAUGGAAGUGAUUCCUGAAGAAGAGGCUAUGGAUGUGAGCCACAACGAAGCGAGCAGUCCAGUCAGUGCACAGCCUCCCAACCUUUCCUUUGGACCUUCAACUCCAGCACGGACACGUCCAAUGCCAUAUUCAACAGUGCCGAGGCCGAGAACGACAACUUCUAUGCGAAUGAGGGAUGAUGGAAUCCUUCUUGACCAGCCAGAGACACCGGUGAUCAACCAAGAUUCCAUCACUGGUCCAACACCAACCCUGACGAACCGACAAUCCUUUUAUCUGGAAGUUAUCGACUUUGACGAAUGUGCUGAAGAAGCUGUCACUGGUGAUCGAACAGCCUUCAUUGGUGCAACCUGGAGAAUUGACCGUGAUCGACGUCAGAAGACGUUGAAGCCAUUGGUGGAGGAUGGUGAAACUUUUGCAGGACAACAAGCCGAGGCGAGCUACUCGGUCAGAGAUCGAUGCAUGUAUGUCUCCAAAGCAAAAUCUUCCUUUGGACAAGUUGAAUUCUCCAUGCUGGAAGAAGCCGAGAAGAUUCAGUUCAGAGCAUCUCGGAAGAAAGAGCUGGAGAGUCUUGUAGCCACUGGAGCGGUGGUGAUUCUUUCACUGGAAGACAGCUUGAAGUUUGCCAAGGAGACGCCAGAGCAGAUCAUCGAUUCCAAGUAUGUGGACCGUUACAAACCAGUAGCAGUGUCCCGCCAAAAGCUGGAAGAGUACAAGGUCAAAGCUCUUCAACAAGGUCAUUUGCAGGCCAUUGAACUGGAGACCGAUGCCACAAACCCAAAGUCACGGCUAUGUGCAGUUGGUUGGCAGGAUCCUCAGAUCAUGGAGGUGGAACGCUCAUCGCCUACUCCUCUGUCAACAAGCUUGUACGCAUGCCUCCAGUUAGCAGCUAGCAGAAGAUGGAAGACCCGAGUGAAGGACGUGAAGACGGCCUUUUUGCAAAGUCUUCCAACAACGAGGUCCAAGCCCCUGGCAUGUCGUCUUCCAAGAGACGAAACACCUGAAGGUUUAGACCCGAGGCAGCUACUGCUUCUCAAAACCGAGAUCUAUGGCCUUGUCUCAGGACCAAGCUGGUGGAGACGAACUUUGUUGAAGGUUGCGACAGAAAACCUCAACUAUGUGGUCAACUGCUACGACAGAUGCGUGCUGACCCUUCCUGCCAAAGAUCCACAACCAAAUGCCUUGAGCGAAGGUUUCAUUGUCAUUGAGGUGGACGACAUAGCAGAAGCAGGUAGUGAAGAGCACAUGAAACGCAUGCGAGAAUUGGAAGCGACAUUGAAAUUUGGAAAGGUGGAAGAUCUUCAAACUGAUCAAGGCACAAACUAUGCUGGCCGGUUUUUGAGACAGCUCCCAGAUUUUUCGUUUGAGAGCAACAUGGACGAAUUUAUCUACACGCGGCUGGAACCGAUUGUGCCACAGCGAAAGGUUUUGAAGAAAGAUGCUAGCAAAGUGAAGCUUUCGGAAAGCGAGAAGACGCAACUACGUGGACUGAUAGCCUCCUUAAACUGGGUUUCACGUGAAGGAAGACCAGAUGCCUCUUCAGCAGCAUCAAUUCUGGCCUCUGCAUUUCCUGAGCCCACCAUGGAGCACAUCCUUGGUGAAAAUGCCCCAGUGUCAUUGGUGCAGUGGCGUUCAAAACGCCUCCGUAGGAAAGCUUCAUCAUCCUUGUUGUGCGAAUCCAUUUCAAUGUCAGCUGCGACAGGCGCUCUGGAACGCUUGGACUCUUUCUUUCAGAGCAUUUGCCAGUCAAAUUUCAAUCCUCGUAGGAAACAGCUGACCGAAGAUCAGUAUUUGGAAGCCUCUGGAAAGGCGACUGUCAUCGCUUCCGACUCUGAAAGGUCAGCCAUGGAUCCAUCCUAUGGAACCCCUGGGACACCGCACUCAGAGGCAUAUCCAGAGCUGUCAGAGGGUCCUCCUUCGGCCCUGUACUACCAGGCCCCACCUGUGCCAGACCCCAACGCGGCUCUGGGUUAUGGUGUGCCGCCUUAUUCCUACCCACCUGCGGGUGCCACGCAGCCGCCUUAUCCUUAUCCGUCGCCGCAGUCUCCGUAUGGCUACCCACCAUACAAUCCAUAUGGAUACGGACACGGUGCGACUCCGUACGGGCAGCCGGGCUAUACACCGCCCUAUGGUGGCAACCCCUACGCGCAGUAUGGGACGUAUCCGAAUGGUGCGGCCUAUCCCGGCUCCGACGUGGGUGCGGCCACCCCUGGGGGUGCCACCGUGGCCACAUCCGAAGCGGCGACGGCAGAGGAGAAGGCAGCAGCAUUUGCGGAUACCGCAGCCACUGCCUCGCAGGUCGAUGAAACACCAGCGACAGUUGCUCAAACCAAUGGCGAAGAAAAGGCUGCAGCCACUGCAGCUGCAGCCACUGCAGCUGCAGCCACUGUGUCUGCGGCUGCGACCCUUGCAGCCGCUGCAAGCACAGGACCAGCAGUAACUGACGCAGCCACGCCAGCGGCCACCCCAGCUGCGACCCCAGCCGCCGCACCAGCAGCUGCCACGGCAGCCACGGGCCCAGAGGCAGCGACCGCCGGGGCUGCACCAGCCACACCUGCCACACCAGCCACACCUGGCAGCACUGCGCCCAGCACCGGAGGAGCACCGGUCAAAGAGUUCCAGCCUCCCACGGGGCCUGGAUUGUUGCACAUCACCAUCCACGACUGGGAGCCGGACCAGCCUGGACAACUUUAUGUGGCGAAGGGCACUUUGGUGAACAUCUCCUACCGAGCUGCUCAUGGUUGGGUCUAUGCAGGUACCGUGCAAGGUUUAAAGACCGGAAGUGAAGCAUUAGCCACAGCCACCGAGGGGUGGAUCCCACAGGCAGUGGUGAAGCGAGUUAGUCUUUGCCGAGUAGCUGUGGAUUGGCCUGCAGAAGGGCAGGCAACGCUAGGGGUCAGCAAGGGCGAAGUCAUCGCGGUUUCAAAGGAGGCGGAACGUGGCUGGGUCUACGGCGAGCGCCUUGCUGACCGAGCCUCGGACAAGCUGGGCGACGGCUGGCUACCCAAGAAGGUUUUGGAAUACCUCCGGACAUAG